AUGUCCCGCCCAGUAAUCGAAUACUACUUCUCCUUCGUCUCACUAUGGUCCUACAUCGGCAGCCGGCGUUUCCAACGCCUAGCCCAAGAAACCAACGCAAAGGUGGUCCUCAAACCAAUUAAUCUCAUGUACAUCUUCUCAAUAUCCGGCGGUCUCCCCGUGAAACAACGCGCCGCUCAGCGCCAGACCUACCGGUUACUUGAGAUGGAGCGAUGGCGCCGCAUUCGUGAUAUUCCGCUCGUCACGCAUCCGAAGUAUUAUCCUGCCGACCCUUCGCUUGCUCAUCGGGUGCUGCUGGCUGCUAUUGAAGAGUCGGGUCAUGAUAGUGCGUCUGUUCAGGAGUAUGCGCGACUUGGGCUCGAGGCAGUCUGGGCUAGGGAGCUUGACAUCGCUGACCCCGGGACGAUUGUCCGGUUGGCAGAUGAGGCUGGACUUGAGGGAAAGAGAUUGCUGGAACGGGCGCAAAGCGAGAAAUCCCUCUCCGAGCAAGAAGCCGCUUUGACGAAGGAGGCUGAAUCGAAGCAGUAUUUCGGUGCCCCGUUUUACACCUUACGAGGGGAGACGUUCUGGGGGCAGGAUCGCCUGGAUAUGGUAGAGGAGGUGAUCAAAAGUGGCAGAGAUCCUAUUGUUGUUGAUAACGUGUACUAA